UUCCUAGCUACCUACCAUACUUGCUUCUCUCUUUCUGUUGCUCAAUUCAUCCAUGGCCUCCGUUCAGUUGCUGGAGUCUGGAGACUUAAUAAUAUUUGGAGCCUCUUGUGGUACUGAUUUAUGUUCUGCGAGAUUACUGCCGUUGGCGGACUGUUUGUUUGCGAAGUAAUGUGUCGAAAUGAAAUUGACUGUAUUCUGUAUUCUAACAAGUUUUAGAGCAGAAAAAUACAAUGAACGAUUGUCGCCAUGGGAACUGGCUUUUGUGUGUAUAUAUAUGAUUCACAACAAGUGCUACACAAAUUAACAAUGAAUUGAGAGGGGGAGGUUAAGUUGUAUUCAUUCACGCAUGCAUCAUUGUAAUUUUCUUUCCCAACUAUGCUUUAACAUGGAAAUACUAAUGCAGCAGGUUGAUGAGGAAAAGGUAACCAAUCAAGAAGAAGAGACAACGCUUGAAGAAACAGUGGUCGCACCAGCUGAUCAAACCACAGAGUCGGUGGAACCAGCCUACAUAGAGGAAGAAGAACCCAAAGAAGUGGUGGUAUCAGAUGAUGAUGAUGAAGAAAAGGAAGAUAAUUUUUAUUUACAAGAGAAACUGCCAGAAUCGCCACUUGUUGAUGAAGCUGCACCACCUAAUUCUGGAGAAGAAGCCACUGAGUUUCUCGAAGAAGAAGAUGAUGAAGAUGAUUGA